CAUUCUUCCAUCUAAUAUCCAUCCCUUGAUUGAUCCCUCCCACCACUAACACAUCGAACGAAGAGUAACCACUCACGCCCUCACAAUGGUUGCAAUGUACACUAUCGCUGGCCGACAAGUCGGUUCCCACGUUCUCGCAAUGGCAACCCUCGGCACUUUCUUCACGUUAUCGGCGUUGGCCAUUGGUGGUGGUGGGAAGAAAAAGGAGACUAGCCCUCCUAUUCAAGCCAGUAGCAGUGACGAGGAAAAGUUCAUCAAGGAAUUUCUAGCGAAGGCCGAUGCGGAAUCGAAAACAAACCGUUGAGCGUGGGACAUUGUCGGGAGCGGUGAACAGCUAUGAAUUGAAUUCCCAGAAUUGCGUGCAUAUUGUGUUAUGGAAAUCGAUAGAUUCUUGAAACAAAAA